UCACCGAAGUUCGCCGUCUCUCAUCCCCAUUCUUGUACCCGUUCGAUUUUUAUUCCAACCUCAUCCCCCCACCCCCCCAAAAAAACUUAGAUGGUGGAUGAUACCAUGACCGACGUCGAGAAAGCCGAAAGACGCCCUUCCGGUAGUCUCUCGUUGUCCAGCAGUGGCUCCGACAGCCAGGAUAGCGGCGCAUCCUCCCCUCCCAGUUUCAAUGGCCUGCAAACCCGCCCGACCGCCAUUAAAAGGCCCUCUGCUGUCGGCUCUGUCCGACCGGAUGGCAAGCGCGAGCUGAAGGAGGGCGAUUGCUAUGAGAUCCUGGCCUACUGCUGGCCGCGCUGGAAGAAAUGGGCGUAUCUCGCCGCCGUCGCCUGCGUGCAGGUCUCCAUGAAUUUCAACACCUCCGUCUUCCCCAAUGCCGUCAAGCCGCUGUCGAAGGCCUUCAACAUAGGCGAGCAGGAAGCCCGCACCGGCCAGAUGAUCUACCUGGUGACUUACUCCAUCGGGUGCGAGUUAUGGGCCCCCUGGAGUGAGGAAUUCGGCCGUUGGCCCAUUCUCCAGCUCUCCAUGUUUCUCAUCAACAUCUGGCAAUUCCCGGCUGCCUGGGCCCCGAACUGGGGCACGAUCGUUGUCGCUCGUGGAUUGGGUGGAAUCUCAACCGCUGGCGGUAGUGUCACCCUCGGUCUGAUUGCCGACCUGUACGAGGCAGAUACGCAACAGUUCCCCCUCGCCUUCAUUGUCCUGUCCUCCUGCAUUGGAACCAGCAUUGGCGGAGUCAUCGGUGGACCCAUUGAGCGCUACCUAUCAUGGCAGUGGUUCUUCUGGAUCCAGCUCAUCUUUGGCGCCACCGUCCAAGCCAUCAUAUUUUUCAUGCCCGAGAGCCGCUCCACCAUCAUCAUGGAUCGGGAAGCCAAACGCCGCCGCAAGUCCGGCGAGGACCCGAACAUCUACGGCCCCAACGAGCUCAAGAGCCCGCGCGUCUCCCUCAAAGAAGCUGGAAAGAUCUGGAUCCGUCCCUUCUACAUGUUCCUCCGCGAACCCAUCGUCCUUUGUCUCUCACUCCUCUCCGGUUUCUCCGACUCCCUCAUCUUCACCUUCCUCGAGUCCUUCUCAAUUGUCUAUGAAGAGGGCUGGGGCUUCGGUGUCUUGGGCCAGGCCUGGGCGGUUAUCCCCAUCAACGUCGGUUACAUCAUCGCGUACUUCUCCUACUUCCCGUGGUUCUGGCGUGACGAGAAAAUCCGCCAGACCCAAGGUGAGGAUGCCCUCCCUCCCGAGCGGAGACUCAAGUGGCUGUUGUUUUUGGCGCUGGCCGAACCGAUCGGGCUGUUUGGCUUUGCGUGGACGUCGCUGGGCCAGGCAUACGGUGUGCCGUGGAUUGCGUCCAUGAUCUUCUCCGCCAUUGUCGGCAUCGCUAAUUACGCCAUCUACCUCUCGUCCGUGGAUUAUAUGGUCGCCGCGUACGGUGUCUACUCCGCCUCAGCCACAGGUGGUAAUGCCUUCUCGCGUGAUCUGUUGGCGGGUAUUGCCGCCAUGUACACGACCCCGAUGUAUACCAACAUCGGGAGUAAGUGGCAUGUCGAGUAUGCCACUACCAUCCUGGCGUGUCUGUCUUGCUUGGUGGUCUUGCCCAUCUAUAUCUUCUAUUGGAAGGGCCCGCAGAUCCGUGAGCGCAGUAAGUUCGCCCAGAGUCUGGCGGUUGACAACAAGGCCAAUAAUGGUCGGAGAGUCAGUCGUACGGAUUCGGCACCGUGAACGGUGGGGGUUGAUCCUCUGUUUGCAUCAGCGUGUUGUUCAACUUGCAUAUAACGCUUGCCAUGCACUUUACCCUGUAUAUACGAAGAUUUAU